UCUGUUUUGGCUUAGGUGUCAAAUGCAAUGGAUUCAAGAGCUUAUAUCCUUAGAAUCAACAUUGCAAUUCUUUGCAUCUUAGUGACAACUUCCACUCUUUUCCCUGCUGUGUGUGAUGCUAAAAAUCAUGGAAGAGGUAUAGAAGGUAACAAAAUUCUUAGAAUCUCCUCCACCAAAUCAUGGAAGAAGCUAAAAUCUUUGAACCGUUUAAACUAUUACUCAUCAAUUAGGUACUUAAAUUUUGACUCAUAUGGCUCUCCUUCUGCUCAACCUCUACCACCUUUCAAUUCACUAGCACCACAACCUACAUUAACACCUCCAAAUACACCAGCAUCAGGUAGCAACCCUUCUCUCCCUUCAUAUUCCCCUAUUCCAAACCCACCCCAUAAUGUCUUUGUGCCACCAAGUCCUAGCAACAUUGUUCAUUCACCACCUCCACCACCUUAUGGUCCAAGCCCACCAAAGCAUGCACCAAACCCACCUAAGAGUGUUCCAAGUCCACCAUUAGUGUACCUACCACCUAUUGUCUACCCACCACCACCCUCAUCUUCUCCACACCAUAAAAAGCCUCAAUAUGCCCUUUGGUGUGUGGCAAAGCCUACAGUUCCUGAUCCAAUAAUUCAGGAGGCCAUGGACUAUGCAUGUGGGUCUGGUGCAGAUUGCAAAUCCAUUCAGCCUUAUGGGUCUUGCUUUCAACCCAACACUUUGUUGGCCCAUGCUUCUUAUGCCUUUAAUAGCUACUGGCAGAACACUAAGAUUGGUGGUGGCACUUGUGAUUUUGGUGGGACUGCCAUGCUUGUCACUGUUGAUCCAAGCUAUGAUGAAUGUAACUUUAUGUUGACAUAGCUCACUCCUUGCAGUAAUACCCCUUAUUUGGAGACUUGCUAAAUAUUAGAAAUCUCUCUCGUUUCAAGAUGAAUUUUUUAUGUAAUAAUAAUUCCA